AUGGAGACCCCUGGCAGCACUCGGGGCCCCAAGGCUGACCUGGGGCAGCGCAGCCAGGAGAUGCGUGUCCUCGUGGCCCUGCAAGGUGCUGCCUCGGGCUGCUCGGGGACAGGGGCGUCACAGCCCCCUCGUCCCCUGCGCUGCCAUGGGCUGCCUGAUGUCCCCCAGAGCAAGGCAGGAAGAUUUUCAGUCAGUCCUGUGAGGAAACGCUCCGUCAGAACAGGGAGCUGCUCCCCAGCCUGCAGACGGCUUUGCAGGAGGAUUCCAACGCUGACAUACAACAAACUGCCCACCAAGGAUGAUUUUGGAGAGGGCCGGGAGCUCGUUGCAGCCACUGAGAGCCUGGAGGUGGCCAUAAAGAAGAUGGAGGCCAAAGUCCACGAGCAGGUGAAGGUAUGUGACAUGCUGCUGCACCAGCUGAAGCAGUGGAGCCAGGCCAGGGAUGAGCGCCAGAGGCGCCUGCAGGAGCUGCAGGAAGCUGAGACAGAUCCUAAGUGGCAAGAGCCACAGCUGCAGACCAUUCGCCAGCUGGGCAAUGACAUCGAGAAGAUGCUGAUGAAAAUCCAGAGUGGGGAGAUCAUGACCAAGCUGUACCUGCGGCUGCAGGAGGUCCUGAGGAGGGAGCUGGUGUACCUGCCUCGAUACCUGGACCUGCUGUGUGGCAUGACUGUGAUGUACCACGAGGAGCUCACGGCCCGGAGCAGCCUCAAAGCCAACGAUGCCAUCAGGAAACUCAUGGCCGAGGCAGGACCACAGGUCCGUGUGGAGAAGCAUCUCAGGGACCAGUCCCUGGCUGAGCAGAGGAAGCACAUCGAGAGCCUGCGGCGGCAGGAGGAGAGCGAAAGGCAGCAGAGGCAGCAAGCUGUGUCCAUGCUCUCCGCAGAGCACGACCAGAGCUCCUCGGAGGUGCUGGCAGGUGCUGACAUGAAGGCUGCCAUGGCCAAGAUGGAGCGUGAGGCCUUUGUGACCGACAAGAUGGAGAAGGCAAAGGCUGCCCUGCAGUGCUCCUGCCUCUGGGACAUCCCCAGCAGCAUCCAGGCCCAGAGGAAAUCCCUGCUCCACCUGCAGCAGCACAUCGAUGAGUGCAGUGAGAGGAAGAAGGAGCUGAAGAAGACGCUGCAGGAGCUGGAGUUGAAGCAGGCUAAAGUCAAGUUCAACCAGCCCGUCAGCACCACCAGGUGCUGCUGGCCUCGCACGCUUGUGCCAACCAGGCCACCACCCCUGGGGGGGACACAGGCACCCCCACCUCCUCCCCACUGCAGCCACGCGCUCCUCCUGCUCUGGGAGGGUUUGCUGCGAGAGGAGGAGCUGAGGGAGAACCUGAAGCAGGAAGAGGCCCGGCUGGAGCAGAUGCGAGCCCAGAUGUUGAAGAACCAGCAGCGCCUGAUCGAGUUUGAGAACAUCAUUGACAACCUGUUCCUCCGGCUGCAGGGCAUCGUCAUCCCUGGCCAGGAGGACGCUGCUCCCGUGGUGGGGCUGGAGGAGAAGCUGCAGCACUGUGAGAAGAAGAUGCAGUUCCUGAAGGAGAAGGUGGCAGCCCGGCCUGAGGACAGCACUGACGAGCGCAGCGAGGUACAGGGGACACACACAGGGCCCUCCCAGGUGGCCACCAGAGUCAUCCUCCUCAGCAAGGCCACAGGGAAGGGCCACGGAGCAGCUCAGCCCAGGAUGGCACUGGGCACCCAUGGGGUACCUCAUGUGGCACCCUUGGGUUGUGACACCCACCCACCCUCCAGCACUAAACCCAGGCUCUCUCAGACUUUUGCCAAGGUCAGGAACCUUCUGGAGAAAAGAACUGCAGGUGAAACACAGAACCUGAAGAUUUCCUUCAAGGAUGAAGGCGCUAUGGAAGAUGGUAGGAGAGCACACUCCAGACCUUCACAGGAAGCCCCAGCGGCGCUGGAGAUGAGCCACAGUGGUGGCAUCAGCAGGUCCCACGGCUCACCCUGGGAUGCCGGGGUGGAAAAGCCCACAAGACUCCCCCAGAUCCCACGAGCCCAACAAAAUGUGCCAACAAAAUCCCAGGGACACGGGCACAGCAGAGCCUCCAGCCCCUCCUCUCCACUGUCCCCUCCACUCUCCCCUCCAGACACCUUGGACUUUGACGAUGAGGACCAUGACUACGUCCCCAGCCGGGAGGACAUCAAGAAGCAGGGGCUGCAGCUGAUCAGAAUGAAGACCAGACGUCGCAAGAAGUAGUGGUUUCUCCACAUGAGCUUUGAGGUUCCCAGGCCACCCUUUGUACCCUUUUCCCAGCAGGUUUAAUAAAUCUG